AUGGAAUCCGACACGACAUCGCAUCUACGGCCGUCUCUUCUGACCUCGUUUCUCUCCAGAGGCUCACGGCCCAGGAGUACCGCUGCAUCGCCCACCGGUGUUGAUUCCCCCGCAGCGACAGCGACUCCAGGAGGUCUACAGAGCGCUAGUGGGCCCAUGACCGUCACGAAUGCACGCAGGAGAAAUGGCGCCGCGCCUGGUGGCCAAACGGCGGCAGCGAGCUCGCCUAUUGGCACGUCUUUGCCUCUCAACUCGACAAGCAUGCCUGGUCCAACGGCGACAUCGUUUUCUCAGAUGCUCAGGAGACGACGGUCGAAUAACGGAAACCUGGCUGCUGCUGCGUCAAACGCUAAUAACAACUCUACACACGGCGCAUCCGCGUCUGCUGCUCCCGGGCACGCUCAUCAGCAGCAACAGCAGCAGCAACAGCAACAACAAGCAAACGGAAAUGCUCCCAAUCUUCAUGCUGCGAGCUCGUCGACGCCCAAUCCGGCGUCGUUUGGCCCAGCGCAUCGUAUCCGCCUCGUCCCCCAUCUUGACCCCCAGCGUGCGCUCCAUUUCGAUCCCAUUGUCCGUGAAUGCAGAGAGGGUGCCCCCGCAAUCCGUAUUGGGAGAUUUACAGAUCGCUCGGGGACACUUGCCGCGAGCACAAACUCACUCACAGGCAAGAUUGCCUUCAAGUCAAAGGUAGUCAGUCGCGGCCAUGCAGAGCUCUGGUGCGAGCCAGGUGGCAAGUUCUACGUCAAAGACACUUCGUCAUCCUCCGGCACUUUUCUUAACCAUAUGCGCCUGUCCCAUGCAGGUGUUGAAUCCCGUCCAUUCCUUCUCAAAGAUGGGGAUAUUUUGCAGCUAGGCGUCGACUAUCAAGGUGGAACAGAAGAGAUUUAUCGAUGUGUGAAGAUACGUAUCGAGAUUGGCCGCGAAUGGCAAGCAGGCCCCAAUCCGUUCAACACAAACGCCCUCGCACAGCUCAAGUCAUUAUCAAACCUGCCAACUUCCGUCUCGGCGCCUGCUGGGGCAGGCGCGUCUUCAGGUCAGAAAAAGCCCAAGAAGUCUUCCGUCAGUGAUUGCUGCAUCUGUCUCUUCCCGGUGACAGUAUGUCAAGCGUUAUUUAUCGCCCCUUGCUCGCACUCGUUUCAUUACAAGUGUAUUCGAGGCACCUUGGUCGACAAUCACCCCGGAUUCUCAUGCCCACUUUGCCGCUCUUUCCACGACUUGGAGGCAGAUGUUGAAGUCGAUAUCGAAGAAGAGGAGGAAUGGGAAGAACUUCCCGAACCUGUCGCGGCCGCACCAGCUGUAGAAGAUACAGGAGCGGAGGCCGAUGGUGAAGCGGAUGUGUCAGCCGCGGUUCAUAACGACCAUACCGACAUGGAGAUUGUGGAUGUGGGACUAUCCGGACACGUUUCAGGUAUGAGACGUAGCGUAGACGACGACGACGAUGCUCCGCAUGGGUUUAGGACUGCGGCCGAAGACACUGGACGCAGUGUUUUACUUCCUCAGGGAUUGAGACCCCAGGUGCCUCCACUACCACCAGCACCGUCGAAUACGACCCCAAGGCGAACGCCACGACGAAAUAUGACCCAAGGUUCAGGCUCGAACCACGUUGCCGAUGACAUUGAUAGAGGAUUCGAGACGGAUGGAGGUGUGAUUCGGCUUCGCACGAGUCCGGGUGGUGGUCCUGGACACUUGCGAUCUGCCAGCGGUCGGAAUCGAUCGACCAUCUACAACCUCGUGCAUGGAGCCUCUAACAGCACGUCUACAAGCACACACCCUACUGGUUCCGGCACCGUGAACAAUCACGGAUACUCUGGCAUGAGCUCUGCACCAAACCUGCUCCGACCUGGCUCGUCGAUGGGCCACAACGUGCAAUAUGUCAACAACGGAAGCGGGAUGAACGGUACCGUGACGCCACCACCACCAGCACACGGACCCUCGACGCAGCCAUACCCUAUUCGAUCGCCUACGACGAGCCAUCAGCCGCAUGCGCUUGUCCACUCGUCGUCCAAUGGAGGCGUACCGCGCGCGACCAUGUCGGGAUCGCUUCCUAGUGGGAGUGGUACCCAUCUCUUUGGAGAUUCGGGUGCGGGACCGGCUGUCCCCGACAAGGAUCGUCCACAGGUUCAUCCGAGUGAGGAUGGGAUGCUCGAGGAGCGUCCACUCGAUCCCAAUGCGAGUGGGUUCCUUGGGUUUGGUAGCAAGCGAAAGCGAUAG